AUGCCUCCUCACAGAAAAAGAGGAAGACCUCCGAACGCGUUUUACGAGAAACAGGGCCUGUUGCCGCCAUCGCGCCAGUCGCAUGCGCGCGAGGCGCCUCCGCCCGUGGUGCGCGAACCGCCUCCUCCCACGAACCUGUUUUCGCAUCCCGUCUUCAACCUGCCCAUUCCGCCGCCCAACUCGGUCGAAGCGCAGCUGUUGAACGACGAGGUCGACGUUUUCUCGUUCAGACAGUCGGCCGGGUUCAAGUUCAAGCUCAAUAACGACCUGUUGGAGAACGUGGUCAGCAAAUACCUCCCCUUGGACAAAAUCGUGCCUCCGGCGUCGUUCCCCGGGUGCGUGAUAGGGGGCCGUGCAAUCGAGUCUGAGCCGGCCCCUACCGAGGAGGAGAUCGCACAGAGCCUCGAGAACCCCAAUGCCGAGGACUCGCACUGCGGCGACCUCAAGGUGCUGAAAUUGAAGGAGUCGUUUAUCGAAAAGCAAAUAACCACACUGGAGUCCGAUAACUCGAGCCAAACGCUGGACGAGAAGUUUGAGUUCGAGACAGAAAAAAUCAAGCAGCUGUGCGACGGGUACCAGAACUACGACGUGCGCAAGAUCGACGAGUUCCAGGCCAGUUUGGACUCGAUCGAAAAGGACCUCGAGGUCAAGUUCCAGGUGAAGGUGCAGCCGGAGCACAAGUACAAGCAGUACCAGCAGGGAUUCGGGCAGAUUGAGCGGAAAGCAAGCUCGUUCGAAGAACACAGACAGGCCAAGGACCGGCUUGCGCGACUGAGACAGGAACAGGCAGACAGAAAGCUGCGCGAGGAGCAGGAGCUCGCAGAAAAGAGACGGCUACAGGAGGAAGAGGCCCGCAAGCAGCAGGAGGAGGAACUGCGCAAGGCGCAAGAGGAGAACAACAAGCGGGCGUCGGAGGCCGCAACCAUGCCCAUUGCGGUGCCCGGCUCGUCGCAGCCUGGGAUGUUGGCAGACAGCAACUUUGACGAUCCGUUCGGCACCGCGGGGCAGAACGGCAACUUCGAGUUCGACAACAACCUGCUAUACGGCGGCGCGGACGACCUGAUCAUGGCGGACGACGGCGGGUUUGGCGCGCUCGACGACCAGGUGUUCCUGGGCAACCUGGACGAACACUUGGAGUAA